CACUGAAGGCUCUCAGAAGCAGUAGUUCGGGGCGGAAGUUAGGAUGCCCCGAGAGCUAGGCGACGGAAGUGGCCGUGCUACUGCCUGUCUGUGCGCAGGCGUUGUUCCAUUUCCUGGCUGUUGCUGUUCUGGCGGUACCUUUCCCCCCGCUCCCGCUCGUGCUCUCCGCGCGAGGGGGGUGCGCCGUCCUCCUGGUCGUGGUUGCGCGGUCAGCGCCCCCUGUGCUACUCUCGUCGCCCUAUUGCCAUGGCCGGCAUUCUGUUUGAGGAUAUUUUUGAUGUGAAAGACAUUGACCCGGAGGGCAAGAAGUUUGACCGAGUGUCCCGACUGCAUUGUGAGAGUGAAUCUUUCAAGAUGGACCUUAUCUUAGAUGUAAACAUUCAGAUUUACCCUGUAGAUUUGGGUGACAAGUUCCGGUUGGUCAUAGCCAGUACCUUGUAUGAAGAUGGUACCUUGGAUGAUGGUGAAUAUAACCCCACAGAUGAUAGACCUUCCAGGGCUGACCAAUUUGAGUAUGUAAUGUAUGGAAAAGUGUACAGGAUUGAGGGAGACGAAACGUCUACUGAAGCAGCAACACGUCUCUCUGCCUACGUGUCCUACGGGGGCCUGCUCAUGAGGCUGCAGGGUGAUGCCAACAACCUGCAUGGAUUUGAAGUGGAUUCCAGAGUUUAUCUGCUGAUGAAGAAACUGGCCUUCUGAACCACUGGGAAGCCAGCCUUGCUGCCUAGUCACUCAGGUCAUGGACAUUUGUUCAAGCCUGAGUUGCAGUGGCUGUUGUCCUGUUCCGGAGGGGCUGGCUCUCCGUCCACUGGUGCUUCUCUGCCUGGUCUGGACUCAGUGGGAAACUGACUUGCCUGUGAAAGACCCAGCGGGAGAGUUUAAAAUGAACCAGAGUUGUUUUGUGUGUAUGAUUUUUUUAAAUUAAACUUUACUUUUUCAGA